AUGUUUCGUCGAAGUCGCAGCUUCUUCGGAACAGUGGCAGUGCUCUGCGCGUUGAUCAUCUUUGGAUAUGGGCUCUAUAUGUACGAUCUGCAAAGCAUGCGACUGGCUGAUGUAGAAGCAAGCAACAGGCACCUCGAGCGAGAAGUCAAAAGCCUCAACAAAAACAUCGACAAGGACGAGAAGAAACUAACGAAUUUAGAAGAAUCACUGAAGAAAGAAAAGCACGACUUAGAAAACAUAAAAGGCGAACUGAAAGUUGAAUCAGAGCAGCGCCAAGCACGAGAAAACGAACUCGUUGAGAUGGGUGUUAAAUUCACAACGUCUUCGAACGAGAACGAACAGUGUCACAAGGAAAAGGCCGCGUUGGAAAAAUCGCUUGAGGAAUUGAAAAUUGAAAAGAAUGCGCUUGCUGAAACUGUAGAAACUUAUGAAGAAGCGGCUAAGAAAGCGCAAGAUGAAAUAGCUUCAUUGAAUUCUGAUAUUGAUCAGCUCAAAUCCCAAGUUAAAGCAGAAGCUGAAAAUGUGGCAUCACAGAAAGAAACCGAAGCGCUCAGAGCGGAAUUAGAUGAUAACAAGGCCAAGUACCACGCAACUUUCAACGACCUUAUCGAACUCAAAGAAGCUCUUCACAAACUUGGCGUUGAGGGCUUGCGACGAGAUAGUCACUGGAUGUCUGUCUCAUCAGAGGAGCGUUCUCUUAUCUUAGAAGCAAUCCUGGGCACUGACAUCAUUCCUGAUUCAUAUCUCGGAGCAGAGGAAGCCCCUGAGGGAAAAAUAUCUGAUAAUCCACAGAAAGAGUCGACGGAGAACGACUCAGAAAAUGCUGCAGCAGCAAAUCCGGACGAAGAAGAAGUCGUCCAGGUCGAUGCGCCAUCGAACGACCAGCUUGAGCAGUAA